AUGGAUUGGGCGGUAAGGUCUGCAAGGAAGAAAACUAGGUUUCUACAAGGAGGAUCUAGAUCCAUCGUUGAAUCUUUGAAUAAGCUAAAUGAAGUUGUAACCGAGGGCCAAGAUGCAAUCACAUCAGCUUGCAUCGUAAGCAGUAAAUGGCUGGAAGAAGAGAUGAAGAAAUUCAGAGAUGCCUAUCCAAAAAAAGCGACUACGAAUAGCCCGGAGAAGAGCAAAUUAGACGAGAAGAUUGUGCUCGAGGAGUCGACUCCACGGAAACUCGAGGCGACUGACAAUAAUGAAAGCCCAAAGGCCAGCCCGCAAGGCAGCCCGCAAGUUAGUCCACACAUCAGCUCGCAAGUGAGCCCACGGGUCAGCCCGCGAGCUGGUCCACAGGCCAGUCCACAAGUUAGUCAGCAUAUGAGUUCGGGCGCCACCGCUGAGGGGAGUUUGGAGGAAAGCAUACAAUCUACACCAAAAUCAACUUUUGCAGAGAGAAGUGCCAAGAAGCCAGAAAACCCUACACACAACAAAAAGCAGGAUGAUGAGACACAGUCUACUUUGAAUAUAGGCGGCAAGUCCUCAGCUACAAAGUCCUCGCCCUGGUCACCGUAUAAGUCCAAUAAAAACAAUAUCUUGCCCAACUUUGUCGAGGUGCCGAUGGCGGCAACAAAAAAUGUGACUAAAAACAAGGUAGAAAAAGAUUCGGUAUUUCGGAGGCUCAACGCGUCGCAGCGUCGGUUUGUCGAGAACUCCCCGCCUUCAGCUCUUGAGCAAAGCGCUAGAAAUCCUUCAACCGAAACUUCUAAGCCGUAUGAAGAAGUUCGAGACGAGAAACAGGCACUAAGGGAUCGUACUCAGAGAAGGUCGAACAUGUUUGUUCCUUUACCAGAUAAAGAUCCGUUGGUGCUCCAUGCUGCAAGUAUCCCGCGGCAAAAGAAAGGAAGUUUGGAUUUCACUCCAAACAAUAAUGAGAUCGCACCUACAAGUAACAACAAUACAAAAACUUUGAACUUCACUGUGGACAGCACAACUGCCGUGAACAAAACUCCAAAGCCUCCACUUAGCAACGUUUUUGACAGGCUUUCCAGCAAAUCAACCAAGUCAUUUGAAAACAAAGCAUCAAGUAGAAGUCCUACCCGUGAUUUGAAAAGACAGAGGCCUCACCAUUUCACUUACAGAGAAGGAACAGGCUCUCCCAAAGAAAGAAAAUCACCGCAAACAGAGCACACUAACCGGAGCAUACAGGAAACGCUCAAGAGCAUAUUCGACUCCCAAAUCCCUAAGCUAUCCCAGGACAACCUUGGUUCUGAUCAUAAUAUCGGAGCUUCAGCCUCUCAAAUCACCGGCAGAGUGAAAACAAGGAACUCGCUAAUACCUAAGCUCAGUGGGCACACUGUAGUUUCCCCGAUAUCUGCCAAUAAAAGGCUCUCAAGUCAAAAAUACAAUGAGCCUUUAUUCACCCUCGAUAGGUCCCCCUCCAACCGUUCAAAAAGCACUGCCAGCACGAAAGUUGAUGCAAGAAGGUCUGGCGUCCCAGAAGAGUUUCCUGUCGGUACCAAGGGCUCAUUAGUGCAUACUAACAAAUCUAAUAAAAGUAGCGUAAAUGAGAGAAGCCUCAACAAUGAGACAUCUUCACAAAAGCUAUCAACUACUAACAUCGAGGAGAAUUCGGCCAAGGACGAAAAGAAGCAGAUCGCUGCUGGUUUAUGUGGCGAAGAUCUGGACUCUUCUAGGAAGGGGAAUAUUAUGAGAAUGAAGAUUACCCAAGACAGGCUGACUAAAUUUCAGCUUCCACCGCUGGCGGUGUCUGAGAAGCAGGAUGUUAAAAAGAAGCUAGACAAAAGACUGUCUGAGGUUAUGAGAAAUCAAAAGGAGCAACAGAGGAGACAUCAAGAGAAACUCAAGAGGAAAUCAAACUUGGAGGAAGACUUGAGACAGCGCAAAUCGCGUAUACUACAAGAAUCGGAAGCACAAAAAAUCAUCAAAUCAAUACACCCAGUAUUUGAUAUAGCAGAAAAAGAAGCCAACGUCCGCUCUAGAAACACAGUACUAUAUGACCUCAAUUCCACAGAUCAUAGACAAAUGAUUGGUGGUGGUCAGGAUGAAACUUAUGGAGGUGAUACGACCUUGCCAGAUAUAGAUUCCGAUUCAGAUGCUGAGGACAGAUCCAUUUUAGCUCCGUGGGCCCAAGCACCAUUCCUACAAGAACAACUGCUUGUACAACAGAAAUGGGACCCUGAAAAGAUUUUUGGUCCUAUCCCUCCAUUGCAUACUGAUGAAAUCUUUCAGACUUCGAGACUUUCUCGAUUAAAAUCUCGGCAAUCCUUAUCGAGAACAAUGCAAGUCACACAUUCCGAGCCAACUAGAAAGUAA